CACUGUAAUAAAUAUAUUUGUAAAAAGAUCGAGAGGUUAUUAUAAACGGAGUAACUUUCCUAUGGAUAAAAGAAGAAAAUAUAAAAAUCUCUCUAGAUGAUCAUCUAGGAGAAAAGCUACUUCAAAUUUAUCCUGAAAUGAUACCACUUAUGCUAUAUUAUUAUAAAGCAGCAGUUAUACAUUAUUAGAGGUCUUCAAAAAAACCACCAUUUUAAUCAAUGAUCUCAUCCUUAUAUAUAAUAAUCACAAGAUUUCUAUUGCUUUUUAAAAAAGUUUUCAACUUUUUAAAUAUAUCUUUUAAUUAUCAUGAAAUAAUUGAGAACCUGAAGCACUGAGGAGGCACUUCCUGACACUCCAAGACAAAAAGCUGAGAACUUUUCUCCAGGGCAGCAGAGCGUUUCCUUUUAUCCAGGGCUCAGUGGAGGAAAAGUAUGGUGUAUAUGAGAAUUGUGAUGCUACAAUCUCAAUUGGUGAGCCUGCGAUGCAUUCUCUUGUCUCUUUUCUGAUUUUAGGAGCAUCAAGCCAAUGAUUAGGAGAGAAAAUAUCACAGAGAUCACUCAUUUUAUCCUGUUGGGAUUCUCAGAUUUUCCCAGAAUCAUAGUAGUGCUCUUUGUGGUGUUCCUGGUGAUAUACAUUUUGACCCUGACUUGGAACCUGUCGCUCCUCAUCUUAAUAAGAAUGGACUCCCACCUCCACACCCCCAUGUACUUCUUUCUCAGUAACCUGUCCUUCAUGGACAUCUGCUACGUGACCUCCACAGCCCCCAAGAUGCUCCACGACUUCUUCCAGGAGCGGCAAACUAUCACCUUUGUGGCUUGUGCUGUUCAGUACUUUGUAUUCUCCACCAUGGGGCUGAGUGAGUCUUGCCUCAUGACCGCCAUGGCUUAUGACCGAUAUGCCGCCAUUUGUAACCCACUCCUCUAUUCGUCAGUCAUGUCGCCCGCUCUCUGCGGUUGGAUGGUGCUGGGAUCCUACUUGGCUGGACUCUCUGGUUCUGUAUUCCAAUUGUGUUUCAUGCUCCAGCUCCACUUCUGUGGGCCUAAUGUCAUCAACCACUUCUUCUGUGACCUGCCCCAGCUUUUAGUUCUAUCAUGCACUGACACGUUCUCUGUACAACUCUUGACUGCCAUAUUAACAAUGAUCUUUGGGAUAAUAAAUGCCUUAGUUAUCAUGAUAUCCUAUGUCUCCAUUGUGAUCUCCAUCAUGAAGAUCACUUCAGCAAGCGGCAGGUCCAAGGCUUUCAACACCUGUGCUUCCCACCUGACAGCAGUCACUCUCUUCUAUACCUCAAGUAUCUUUGUCUAUUUGAGUUCCAGCUCUGGUGGUUCCUCCAGCUUUGACAGAUUUGCAUCCAUCUUCUAUACGGUGGUGAUUCCCAUGUUGAAUCCUUUGAUUUACAGUCUGAGAAACAAAGAAAUCAAAGAUGCCUUGAAGAGGUUGCAUAAGAAGAGACGGUGUUGCUGAGGCCAGAGACUGAGAUUUCUGACGGAUUUGUCUUGUUAGAAUGACCUACCUUAACCCUCAGUAAUAUUUAUACGAAUGGACUACAACAAAGUUCAUUCUGCCUUUGACAAAGAAGACUUAAUUUGACCCAGAUAAUAUGCCAAAAUGGACCAACAACUGAAUCGAACUACACAAACACAGUAUCUUUAAGUCCUAGAGACCCAUUGUUUUAUCCUCCAUGUGGAGUGGCCUCAUUAUUUAUUAAUCUAUCAACUAUUAUUCAUGAAACACCAAGGUUCAGAACGUGCUGCUUCUUUUCUACUUCUGAGAUGGAACCCUGUUCCAUCUCAGCCUUCUGACCCUAGAGGAGAGACACCUGGCUGAAGCCCCAGGAGCGGGUAAACCUUGUCCCCCAAAUAUUCUGAUGCAGCAUAAUCCAGACGUGGUGGUCAUCGACGUCCACUCUGUGCUUCUGGCCGGAGUGAGAACGAGCACACAGAGAGGGUGUGUCUUUGGACAGAAACAAGGUAUACAGUUGGCCUGGUUGUCCUUCCCGGAAGACUCGUCUGAUACAGCUAAGGUUCGAGUAAUACCUCUUUCAGUGCUUUUUAUCUGAUAAGUUAUUGAUCAGAUUCUAGUUCCACAGUUGUAGUCUAAAUAGGAGG